CUAACCAGUCGAGUAGAAAAUUCGUCGAGCAGGCGCGUUACAAAGAAUCGGAGAUUUAGGAAUCGGAAUCAAAUCGUAUUCAAAAUGCCGGAGGAAGUUGCUGAAAAGGAUAGGCCGGCGUACUCUUUCUUCUUCGGAUCGAUGGGGGCGGCAUCGGCCAUCAUCUUUUCGGCCCUGGGAGCGGCCUACGGAACGGCCAAGUCGGGCACCGGCAUCGCAGCCAUGGCCGUGAUGCGACCCGAACUGAUCAUGAAGUCGAUCAUUCCGGUGGUGAUGGCCGGCAUCAUAGCCAUCUACGGGCUGGUGGUCUCGGUCCUGAUUGCCGGAUCGCUGUCGGACAACUACACCAUUCGCAAGGGCUACAUCCACCUGGCCGCCGGACUCUCCGUGGGAUUCGCCGGACUGGCGGCGGGCUUUGCCAUCGGCAUCGUAGGAGACGCCGGGGUGCGGGGCACCGCCCAGCAGCCACGCCUCUUCGUGGGCAUGAUCCUGAUCCUGAUCUUCGCCGAGGUCCUGGGUCUCUAUGGCCUCAUCGUCGCCAUUUACCUGUACACCAAGUAAUGUCGGCUUAAUUCACAAAUUAAAAACAAUAAAUAUUUAAGCCAG